UACAAGUCCCUGUGUGUAAAAUUUACUCUAUAAAUACACCUGUGACGCGUCAUGGUCUAGCGAUUUUAAAGUUGACAAAACUUCUAAAGGACGCCGACUUUUAUCGUAAACACGAACUUUUACGGUAGUAUGAUAAACGCAUUAUUACUAUAAAGUCCGCAAAAUUAGUAUUGGAAACAGUAUUACAGUGAAUAGGCGGAGUUAGUAUCGAGAUCUCUGGACUGUUGUUGUACAUAUUAGAUAAGAUAAAAGCGCAUGUCAUUUUGUAUUUUGUCAACUGUAUUUGAAUUGUGUACUACAGUGUAUGCUCUUAAACUUUUACCUAUCGGAAUUUUGAUUGAUUUAUUGACGUUUAAAAAAAAAUUGACAAAUAUUUCAUAGUUAUUGGAAUUAUGGAUUAAAUGAGUUAAAUUUAAGUGACAGGAUUUGAAAUAAAACAAUGGGUGCUUGUUUAGGUGUGCAAAAUGCACAAUUUGUGAUUUAUGUAAAGACUGGAGAUAAGAAGCAUGCUGGUACAGAUGCUAAUGUAAAGAUUAAACUGCAUGAUAAAAAUGGGAAUAACACUGAUGAUUUAGUUUUAGAUAAUUUCUUUCGUAAUGAUUUUGAAAGUGGUCAGUUGGAUGUUUUUCCUAUUAAAGAUUUGAAAAUAAAAAAUUUUGAUGGGCAUGUUUGUCGGGUGGAAUUUUGGCGAGACAAUGCUGGACUAGGUGCCGACUGGUAUGUGGAUAAAAUUGUUGUUGAAAAUAGAAAAACGAAUGACAUAUACAUAUUUCCGGUCUUCCGGUGGAUUAGACCAGAUUAUCAUUAUCUUAUUGAACACUUAGAUACGUCGCUACCCCAGUGCGAUCCUCAUCCGGAUCAGAGAAAAGAGGAGCUUGAAGCAAAACGCGAGGUGUAUCAGACGGCUCAGAAAGUUCCAAACGG